AUGCCUCGCGGAGCAGAAUACGACAACGGCAUCCCCCAGUCCGACAAUGCCAUCGAGGCCGGCGAGACAAAGGUCCACGGCACCAACUCUGCUAACGACCACCUCGAUCGCGUCGACCGCACAGCCCCCCUCCCCGAUGUCCCUGCCGGCGGCAUGCACAGCGGCGGCGGUGCCCCCGGCCACUCGAGCGGCAAGGGCGGCCACGAGCCUCGCACUCUAGGCGAGAACAAGGGUCUUGGUGCGAACAAGGCGUGA